GCAUUCUCUUGAAUCUACUAAAAAAUGACUGCCACCAUGCUCACUGCUGUUGUUCAUGGCUCUGCCAAACACCCUCGUCCAGAUCAUAAAUACUCUUAUGGAACUGCUGGUUUCCGUAUGAAUGCCAGUUUGUUGGACUCGGUCAUGUAUCGAGUGGGAGUUCUUGCAUCCCUGCGGUCCAAGUGCCUCAAGGGAAAGACUAUUGGUGUCAUGGUGACUGCCUCUCACAAUCCUGCUCAGGACAACGGAGUAAAGCUUGUUGAGCCUCUUGGCGAGAUGCUCGACCAGUCUUGGGAGGUUUAUGCGAUGGAUCUGGCAAAUGCUGCGUCAGACGAGGAAUUGGUGAAUGCCAUCAAGGCUAUUGUCGCCUCUCAGCAUAUCGAUCUUGCUCAGCCUGCUGCUGUGGUUGUGGCUCGUGAUACCAGACCAAGCGGGACUGCUCUUGUUGCUUCUCUGCAGGAAGGAGUCUUGGCUAUGGGCACCAAAUUCACUGAUUUUGGGCUCAUGACGACUCCACAGCUUCAUUAUGUCACUCGCUGUCUGAAUACUGCAGGAACUACUGACGCCUAUGGCGAACCUACUACCAAGGGUUACUAUCAAAAGCUUGCUGUUGCUUUCAAGAACCUUGCUAAUGGUUUUACACCACUACCAACACUUCAUGUGGAUGCUGCCAAUGGUAUUGGUGCACAUGCCCUGCGUGAGUUUAUGGCUGUUCUUGGAUCCCAUCAUUUGAAUGUAGACAUUGUCAAUGCCGACACGGCUAGCAGCGAAAAGCUUAAUUUCAAGUGUGGUGCAGACUUUGUCAAGUUGAAUCAAAAGGCAUCAGAAGGUCUUGAGAUGAUUCCAGGACAACGAUGGUGCUCGUAUGAUGGUGAUGCUGAUCGUAUUGUGUUUUAUUAUUGUAACAGUGAUGGCACAUUUAAGCUUCUUGAUGGUGAUAAAAUUGCCACUCUUGCUGCUGGAUAUAUCAUGGCUUUGAUCCGCACUGCGAAUGCCAAACAUAUUGAUGGCUCUGAUCUCAAAGUUGGUUUGGUGCAGACUGCAUAUGCAAAUGGCAGCUCCACUCGAUACGUCAAAGAUACUUUAAAAGUUCCAGUGGUGUUUACUCCAACAGGUGUCAAGCAUCUUCAUCACGAAGCUGAGCAUUUUGAUGUAGGCGUCUACUUUGAAGCCAACGGUCAUGGCACUGUCUUGUUCAGUAAAAAAGCUAUUCAGGCUUUUGAAGUCACUGCUGGUAAAUCUGAUGCAGAGAUCAAAGCCCUUGGGAUGCUGCGUACAUUUGCUGAUCUUAUCAACCAAACUGUUGGGGAUGCACUUUCUGACAUGCUGAUGGUAGAGGCUAUUCUUUUAAAUCUCCAACAGUCGUUUGAAUCUUGGGACAAGGCGUACACUGAUUUGCCUAGCAAGCAAGAGAAGGUCAAGGUCUUGGAUCGCACUCUUUUUGUUCCCAUCAAUGCAGACACGGAGCUUGCUUCGCCCAAAGGUCUUCAGGCCAAGAUCAAUGAACAUACAAAGAAUUUUUCGAAAGGUCGCUGUUUUGUUCGUCCCAGUGGUACAGAGGACAUUGUUCGUGUUUAUUCUGAGGCAGAAACUCCUCAAGAGACUGAAGCACUUUCGAACAUUGUGUGUGGAAUUGUGUUUGACUGUCAUGGUGGUGUUGGCGAGAGACCUGUCAAGUUUGUCAAAACCACUUGAUAGAUUUGAAAAUAUAUCUGCUUCACCAU